UAUCAAACAUAAACAUAUGAUUAACAAAGAACUAUGGCAACUCUAUAAAGUAAACAUUCGUACCGUGACGGGGAAAAUAAAUUUACGCACAGAAAGUCGCUACAGAAAAACUGUAGUACUUUUACUUUACGUUACGUUUCACCGACUAAGUUAGUAAUAAAUAUUUACUAAUAUGGAUAAUCUAAAAUUAAUAGGACUAGUGAAACAACACGAAUAUCUCUUUAACAAAUAUGACAAGGAUUUUAAGAAUGUAGACAAAAAAAAGACCACUUGGCAGCGGAUAGCUCGCGAGAUGGGCAUUAAUGAAUCAAUUUGUAUACGUCGUUGGUCAAAUUUACGUGACAGAUUCGCAAGAGAAAGCAGGAGAAUGACUGCACUUGUAAAUAAUGAUAUGACAACAACACAUAUCUGGCCUCUAUAUGAUGAUAUGGAGUUUUUAAGGCCUCAUAUAAUACCGAGAGCGAUUCGAGCGAUUCCAAAUUUUGGGCUGAAAGCUUUUGAAGAAAAUAGCAACGGUGAUCAAGAGACAUAUAUCGUGGAACAAGAUGAUACUGCCGACUGUAAUUAUGUGAAUACAGAUCCAUUCCAGUUUAAAGCUGCGGAUUCACUAAUGUCAGAGCAUGAGAUGGAACACGAAGAGGUUGAAGAGCUUCUUCCAAACGAAUCGCAAUAUUCAACGUCGCAAUCAAAAAACCAGAUCACUGGCAGGACAAAUGAACUAAAAGAGUCUCAACCGAAUUCGUCAAAAUUUGCAAAUCAACAAAUAAACGGAAAACUACAACAACCUCAAUCUGACGUUGAGUUCGAGAUAAAGUCUGCUUUGGGGAUGUUUAAACAAGUAUGUGGUGAAAUAAAAACAGCGCGUCACCGAAAUCCUGCUGUACAAGGUUUCGGUCAAAUGAUUGUGGAAACUAUAAGCAGUAUGAGUGAGCGGAAACAAGCACUGGCUAUGCAAAAAGUUACUGAAAUAGUAAUGAACAUUAAAAUGGAGGAAGCGGACGACUUAUAAUAAAGAAAUUCUUAUUGUGUGACAGUAUACAUAUUUAUGAUUAAUUUAAGGUUUAGUGUAUAAAAUCAAUAAAAUAUAAGUUAAUUUUUCA